AAGCGUUUUAUGAAGGGCUCGUUCAUUGCAGCCCCAUAGCCUUUAAUUGUUGCCCUUUAAGGACACCCGACCGUUGCUUUGAGCGAGCGUUGAGCCAAUUGUGGAAGCGAUGUCUUCAAUUAUUGAUGCCUCAAAAUUAGAAGAACUGCGACGCAUAUGUGGAGAUGAGGUGGACGCACAGCUUCGGAAAGGCGGGGAAUGGGGCCUUGACGAGGCAACCUUGCGGCGAUGGCUCGUCGCUCGCAAAGGCGAUGUUAAGGAGGCGGCAAGGGAUCUUCGCGCACAUGCCGCGUGGCGUGCUGAGUAUGUCCCAAACGGCUGCAUUUCCGAGGAGGAUGUACGCGACGACUUGGAGCAAGACAAGGGCUUCCUCCCCGGAUACGAUAAGGAAGGCAGGCCGGUGUGCGUCGUCAUUGUCUCGCGCCACCAGGCGAAGGACGCGGAAGCAACCAAGCGGUUCAUCACCUUCGCGCUUGACUGUGCAGCAGCCAUGGGAGCCAAGACGCCGGGUUGGGACGGCAAGAUGUCAGGAAUUUUCGACUUACGAGGUCUCAAGAGCUCCAACCUGGACAUCACCACCAUGCGGAACGUGUUUGACCUGCUUCAGAACCACUAUCCAGAGCGGCUGCACAAGAUGUGGAUCUACUGCGCACCCGUCAUCUUCUAUGGCGCCUGGAAGCUGGUGCUGCCCUUCAUCGACCCGGUCACACCGCCAAAAGGUGCAGUUCGUGUUCGAAAAGGACGCAGCGGAGCUCUUCCCAGCCGCCUUUGACCCCUCCGUGCUGCCCCCGGAGCUCAUGACGGGCGGCACCGGGCGCUGGGUUCGCAUUGAUGAGCGGUACCGGCUGGUGAGGGCGGAGCAGGAGAGGCAGCAGCGGGAGCGCACGGUGCUAGAGCAGCAGCGGGAGAGGGAGCGGGCGGCGGCUGGUGGGGCGCAGAGGGAGGGGGAGGCGGCGGAGGUGGAGGCGGCGGCAGCGGCGGCAGCAGCUCGGGCUAUUGAGGUAAUUGCGUGAGGGAGCCGUCAAACGGUCAAACGACCCGUGCAUGUGGAUGUGUCCGGUACUGGGAGGUAGGGUUUGAGGCGUGUGUGAGGAUGAGUUGACUCUUGGGCGUUGGGGCAGCAGCUAAGUAGCUAAAUACGGUUGUGUGCUGCGGUUAAUGCGGCGGGCGUGGAGGUGGUGCGGGUCAGGAGGGCAGCACGCGCAUACAUGCAUGUGACCCAUCACGGCCGAACAUGUAUGAAGUGUAAAGACCAACCGCUGCACGCAUGCAACCGUGUUGCCGUACGCAGGUCCAGGUGUAGGAAGGGCGACAGUGGUGGGGCAGAGGGCAGUGGGGGUGGGGCGGUGUAGCGGAGCAAAGUGCGUGGCGAGGCGGGACGGGGCGGUUGAGCUGUCGAGCUGUUUGGGGAGACGGUAACACAGCUGCGCGGAGUUCAUAGCUGUCCCGGUGUUCAUAGGGAGGAACGCGCACUUGCACGGUUGCAUGCGUGCUGUUCGGACGAGGUCUGUAGUUUGCAUGCUCCCUUACUGGGCGAAUUACAGGAGCAGCGUAUUGGUAGGGUGAAGGGGCCUGUAGGAGAUGUUUCUUGAGUGAGGGCAAGAGGGAGCUGACAUCCAGGCAUCAGAGGCGCUUGAAUGCUGCUAGUUGCUGUUUUCGCUCACUCGAUUUUUUCCAUGGCGGGUACUGGUCGUACGUUAGUGACGCCCGUUUUCAGCAAGUGGCUCAAGCAGACGCCGCAACACAUGAUAACAACACAUGACGGCAUGGUACAUAGCUGUUCGACUCUCUUCAAUCCAAAAAUUGUUGAUGUGUUCUGUAGCUCUUCUCUGGUUGGGAAUGUGACAUGGGAAUUGCGACAAUUUGCAACGUGUCGGGGCUUCGCAAUGUAACCUUGCGGCCCCCGCUGGUGACUUCAGAAACCUGCGUAUGUGUGGGACCUAUGUUUUUGGGUUUUUUUAUAGGUUUGUAAUACGAUUGGGACUGGGAUGUGCUUGUUGCCUUGGGAGGCAGUGGUGGUAAUGGUAGGACUAUGAUGACAUGCAGAUAUGACCCGUGGGUCACACGCGCAAUGAAGGGCACGGUGACCUGCCCUGCGUUUACCCCGAGCUAUUCCGGGCUCGUUGCAUACGAUACGAACUGCUGUAUGGUAUACAAACUGCUGUGCUAUUCAUGUUAACAUGACUCGCAUGGUUUCUUUGCGAGUUCUAGAUGAAUGAAAGGUGUGAAAUUGGAUGUUGGUAUGCUUUGUACGACUCACUCCUAAACGCCCUGAGAGCCAUAGAGGGGCUUCUGCUGCUGCUCGCACCUCAACAAGUCUAGGGUGCACGUACGUUUAGCCGGAGAACCAUGGUGUUUGUUAUUCCAGUGUGGAAUGUUGCCGAGAUAACGGUGGGUGGGGGAGAAAAGCCGAAGCACGUGUGCUUUUUUUCCGGACAAGCGAGGGGGGAUGGAGCUUUCUACUCCAGUACGUCGCUGCUCGUCGCAUUGCCAUCUAAUAUGUACACUGUACUGCAUUUCGCCGUACUUAAUUUGCGGGUUGCCGUACGACCCUGACCAGUUUUCCGUUCAAAGCAUCCGAGGACUGUGGUUGUAAUGAUGCUGGAUUUAGUAUUACAGUGGUGAAUGAGUUUCAACGGUUACUGUUACAAAGCGUGCGC